UACGGGAAGGGUUAAGGCUCGAGCUUGAGCAUCCCUAGUUUGACGGAGAAAAAGAAAUCUUUGGACUGCAGCUUUAUGACUUUAAUUUUGUGUAAAUAAUUAAAAUAAAUGUUUAGAAAUAGAUGUUUAAAUGUGAUUAGUGGACAAAUUUAGUUACUAUAAUGUCAGAGAGUUCAAUUGAAGGAAAGCUGCGAGGUUUGCAAGAGCGUAUAGAAAAUGAAUUGCGUAUGGGUGCUAUCCACAAUCAAGGUGGACUUGGGGCUCCCAGAUCUGGAAGCAGUCGGAGGCCUAGACCCCCUCCAAUGUUUUCCACAAGAGACAUACCAGCUUUCCCACCAAGAUCUCCACAGGCUGUUGAUACUGAAUGUAGGAUGCGGGAAGUCUACAAGGUGAGUGGCAAACUAAACGUGGAUGGGACGGAGUACAGAUCUCACAUAGAUGACCUGCAGCAAUUGGGCGAACUCGGCAGCGGUACGUGCGGGCACGUAGUCAAGAUGCUGCACAGGCCUUCUGGAGCUGUUAUUGCUGUGAAGCAAAUGCGUCGUUCAGGGAACUCAGAAGAGACCAAACGUAUCCUAAUGGACCUGGAUGUGGUUGUUCGGUCGCACGACUGCCCCUACAUAGUGCGGUGUCUGGGCUGCUUCGUGACUGACGCGGACGUGUGGAUAUGUAUGGAACUGAUGGCCUCGUGCUUUGACAAACUGCUGAAGCGGCUUGGCGAGCCCAUACCAGAAGCUAUACUGGGGAAAGUCACUGUGGCGACGGUAAACGCGCUCUCGUACCUGAAAGACACACACGGCGUGAUCCACCGCGACGUCAAACCGAGCAACAUCCUACUGGACGAGCGCGGAAACGUUAAACUGUGUGACUUCGGCAUCAGCGGCCGCCUGGUCGACUCUAAGGCCAAGACGCGGAGCGCGGGCUGCGCGGCUUACAUGGCGCCGGAACGGAUAGACCCGCCAGACCCGAGUCGGCCAGACUACGACAUACGCGCGGACGUGUGGUCACUGGGUAUUUCAUUAGUGGAGCUAGCCACCGGAGUGUUCCCGUACCGGGACUGCCAGAAUGACUUCGAAGUUCUCACCAGGGUAAUAGCAGACGACCCACCACAACUCCCAGAUGACAGACACUUUACACCUGAAUUCAAGUCAUUCGUCACACAAUGCCUUACAAAAAACUACAGACAACGGCCGAAGUACGCAAAACUAUUAGAACACCCGUUCGUAGUGAAAUCUGCGCGUAGCUCCAUAUCAGUUGGUGCUUGGUACGCGUCCUUGCCGAUCGUUGGCCACAGUGCGCAAUCCAAAGCCAGCUGUGUAUCGAGCGCAACGCACGCUGUGAAUGUGACGAGCAAUGGAGUGGAAGCGCCGGUGACGCCUCAGCCCGUCAGGAACUUCGUCACGAGUUCGCAGUUUUGGACGCCGGAGCAGGCUACGCCUACGCCCGGCAGAGCGUGGUGGGCGAGUACGGCAAACGCGGGUGGAAGCAGUUCGCAGCCCGCAAGCUUAGAGGCUGAUCUGUCGAGUCAUUCGCCUUAUCCCAGACGCAGGACGAUAGAGGCGUGCGCGUCGCCGCCGCCCGCGCCCGCGCGCCGCGUGUCCGCCGACAGCCGCUGGAGAGCCUCGCCCGCUAGUUCCGGUAACACGAGUCCAAUAGUAUUACAAAGAUUCUAUCACCAAAGCCAGCAGAGGAGGUCUAGAGUAGAUCUACAUUCUACGCCUAGGCAUAGAAGCCUCAGUCGGGAGCACAGUACCGGGCGAUCGCCCGAACCGCCGCCGCGCACGUUGCGACAUCACCACCUCGACCGCCAUAAAGCUAACGGCAGUAUGGAGCUGGAGCCCCCGCCGCUUCACGACAGACUGCACCCACCUUCGCCUUUACUACUAAGCAACGAUAGGUUAUCAGAAGGCCGCAGCCAAAGUCUAACGCGCGCGGAGCUACGGAACGGCUACCGUACGGAGCUGACCGCUCCGGUGCAAGCCAAACACCACCACGACGACCAGGGCUGGCUGCACUCGCUGGCGGGGCUGCUGAAGCGCCGCCUCAGCGGGUACGUCAAGUGGCAUCACGUUGCAGCGCGCCGCGACCCCGUGCACGAGGCCGUCGCGCACCACAGAUGGGGUACGAGCGAGAGUUGGAGCGUGCCGGCGUCGCCCCUGCCGCCCCGCGCACCCCCUCCGCGCCCCGCCGACUAGCAGCCGGCCCCCGGGACCCGGCACCGGUCGCCCGACACCCGCCUCGCGCCGAGCGGACCCGACACGCGGUACCUGACCGACAUCAAACAAUCGCCCACGCUACGCCGACUCACCGCCGCCAACGGACCCGUUUCGUGUUUGCGUGCACUUAAUUCUUUGCGUAUGUCUUACGGCGUCGCACGGACGUAAUACGCACUCGCCCGUUACGUACUAUACGUACGUAGUCGCACACAGUACUCGGUCAAGCUAAGUUUACACCUCGUGUCGAUUACGUCACACUGACGCUUAAGAACGGUAUGCGAAUCGUACUGACGCGACAAGACGACCGCGGGGAGGUGAGCGGGGAAGUGGGAGAGGCGCCGCAUUCCAGCGAGGUGCAAACUUAGCGCGACCGAGUUAUAGGGACAGUUCUCAAACGUAAACUUAUAUACAAAUACAAACACAUUAUUAUGACACAUUAUGAAUUGUUUUAAAAAUAUUUUAGACUGCAUCCAUCAACAUUGACUAGAUCUACGCCAAAAUUAUAUCUAACCAACACCUGAAUAAGUAUAUAACAUUGGAUUGUUCCAGGGGCGGACCAAUUUUGUCCCCGCGAUGAAAUCGGUGCCAGUAUAUUGCCUUCACAAGUUUCAUUGAGGUGUGCGUAUGAAAUGAAUCAGCAUUACAUUUGAUCACGCCCACCACUAAGUUGCUGUGCUCUUGAUAGUUGUCCUUGAAAUAUCCAUUCAAUUUAGUUAAAAUUGAAAAAAAAAAUUGGUUGUGGUGCGUACGUAUAGUGCGUACGCGUCCGACGUCCGUGCGUUUCUGUACCCAAGCAACAUCAUGUUUUCCAUGUAUUGUAUAUUAUUAUACGCUUUGCGACCUUUGAAACCAAAUAACACGAACACUUUAUCGUGAGAGACUUUGUAUGAAGGACAGUUAGUUGUACAAAAAGUCAUUUAUUUAACACAAAGAGUAUGAAAUAACGCUUGUUAAUCUAUAUUUUGUUUUAAAACAAAGGUACCCAUGAAAGGUAAUUCAAAGUUUUUAUAUAUUAAUUCGUUUUAAUCACGAUUAUAUUUUAUUAUUUUUUUGUAAAUUAAAUCAAAGUGAACGAUAAAAAAAUAGUUUUGCUUUAAUGUUUCUACGCAUUUUAAAGACAAUACUUUUGUAGCUUUAAAAGAAAAAUGAAAAAUAAAGCUUUAGGUACUAGAAGUAAAAAAAUGCAAAAUAUUAUAAAAUAUGCUGCCCAGGCUUAAAACUACCACCUCUACUUUUCUAAUCAAAAUAGCGCACUAUGUUAUUAUUAUAGAAUAGAUAAUCAUUUUUGAUUAUUUUUCGUUUUUCUCUUAAACGCAUACAAUAUAAUGAAUUUAAUGAAAUUUCUAAUACAAAGCUUGAGACAAAUAAGUAAAAUGUAUUUAAAUGAAUUUACAUUUAAGUAUAACAUAGGUUUAGUGCAGUAGGGACACCAAAAACGUUCAAGUCAUAUAUGAAUUUUCGUGUAAAUAUUAAUUUUAGGGUUUGCGGCUGAUAGUUGUCGACGCGAGAUUUGUAGUCAUAAAAAUUAUAAACUUUAUAUCUGCCCAAAUUGUGUACGUCGUUUUUCUCCGAGCACUGAAAAGCUCCAUGAAGUUGAGAGGAUCUUCAGUUUUUUUGACGUUUUUUUGGCAUUUUUGGACGAGAAAACGUUAAAAAACAUUCACUGAAAUCUUAAACACUCUUAUGAAUUCAUGGGGUUUUUCAUUAUUCGGCAAUUUGAGCCUUAUUUAACUUCUAAAGGUAUAAGUAGGAUCUUUACGACUGCGACUGAUAUUAUUGUGCACAUCUGCAUUUGGACUGCAAAAUUGCAUUUAAUCGCAUUUGCAAUUGCAAAUGCUGUUGCACUUCUAUUUAUAGUACGGGCACUCAGUGUGAACCACCAAAAAUAUAAUAUCAAGGAGGUGUUUAUGCCUGUUAAGUGUGUGUAUAUGUCGCAGGUAUAUUAUCAAAUCCGGGAUAUUACAAUCUCACUAGUGAUAUUAUAAUUCAACGGUAGAUUGUCAAUCGACUUCAUUUGUUACAAUUUAACGAUCUUGUUUUAGUGUCAUUAUAAUGUCACGGGAUAAUUACACUACAGUCAUAUUGUAAGGCAAUGAUAUUUUGUCAAUUUCACUGGUCGUCAGAUUAUAACAAGUAAGAUUACACGUCUACCUUUGGAAAGAGAGAGUUGGUUGCUUGGGUUUCGUAAAGCGUUGUCUCUGUCGUUGACUUUUCAGUGUCAACACGGCUUGCAGUCCAAAUGCAAACCGUCUGAACCCUCUCGAGCUGUAAUAAAACGCAAGCGGCUAAUUUUCGUUUAAAACCCAGUCGGCAAGAUCUGAAUGUGACCUUUAUAUAAAUUGAGUGUAUACGAUUUUGGUAGAUGUUUGCGCUUAUUCGUGAGCCACGGUACGAGUCUAAUUAGCCUAAUGGGCUUAGUACGAGUUUGCACAAGUCAACAACGAUGAUAGAUUUCGAACAUCAAAACACUCAUAGAAGUAAAAUCGUUCCAUUUUACUUCUACGAUGUGAUUUUUUUUAAGGCUCUAGUUCACACCUUGCUUCGUCUGUAGUUAAGAGUAUCUACAGGACUUGUAAUAAGUGCCCAAAAAAUAAAAGCAAAAAUAAUAGUUUCAUCUUAUUUCAAAUUAUACAAAAGACUUAUUGCUUGGGUGUUAAGUUUUAUUUUAGAGUAAAUAUUUUUGUUUUCAUUUUUAAAACCUCUGGACCCUUGAGCAAUGUCAUUUUGUUCGUGAUCUGUCAUCUAUACCUACUAUUCUAUA